CCUUCUUUUCUUCUUCUUCUUCUUCUUCUUCUGCUCCUUGUGUUGUUGUUGUUUUUGUUUGAAUGAGAGCACAUGAAAGAGAAGAAAUGGCUGAGAGAUGUGUGAGGACUGCUCCUUCUGAUAGAGGUGUUGAAAAGGCUCUUGUUGCUCUGAAGAAAGGUGCUCAUCUUCUGAAAUGUGGGAGGAGAGGCAAGCCCAAGUUCUGUCCUUUCAGACUUUCUUCGGAUGAGAAACUUCUAAUUUGGUACUCAGGAGAAAAGGAAAAACACUUGAAGUUGAGUGCUGUCUCCAAGACUGUAUUUGGCCAAAAAACUAUAAAUUUUCUAAGGCAGCCUCAACCAGGAAAGGAAUCUCAAUCCUUUUCAUUAAUAUACCUAAAUGGCCAACAAUCACUUGACCUGAUUUGCAAAGAUAAGGAACAAGCUGAAACUUGGUUUCUAGGCUUAACAGCAUUGGUGUCUUGUUUUCAUCACCCUAGACCUUUGAUGAGUCUAAGAAAUGCAAGAGAUGCACAGAGUUGCAUUAAUAGCCCAAUGGGCUAUUCCCGGAGGAAGAACAAUCUUGGACUCUUGCAAGAUCCACCGAAGCUCUCAAAGGUGCGCAGUCUCUAUGGGAGUCCUCCUCGGUCGAUACUAGAAAGAUACAUUUCUGAUAGAGUAUUGGAUUCUCCUGAUAUCUUUCAUUCUUCACGACAAAAAUCUUUAUCGGAUAUGCAAUUGAUUGUGGAAAAAAUGGUGCCUCAAUCACCUCUUUUGGUCUCAACCAAUUUUAAGGAUCACAGAGAUUUUAGUAUUGUCAGAAAACAGAGAAUGUCGAGUUCUAGAAUACAGGUAAUUGAUAGUGAAUCUAAUGCGGCAGAAGACACUGAUGUAUUGAAAGAUGUUUUCAUGUGGGGUGAAGGAGUAGGAGGAAUUCUGGGUGGUGGAUUAAAUGGCUUUGAAACCAAUGACUCAAAUUGUGAUUCUGUAUUGCCGAAAUUAAUGGAAUCAACCAGAAUGCUUGAUGUGAUGAACAUUUCUUGUGGACAAAAACAUGCUGCAUUGGUUACCAGACAAGGUGAAGUCUUCUGCUGGGGUGAAGAGAAUGGUGGGAGAUUAGGCCACAAGAUCAACAUGGGUGUUCCUUCUCCUAAAGUUGUUGAAUCACUAAGCAAUGUCAAUGUGAAUUCAAUUGCAUGUGGAGCUCGACACACUUGUGCAUUGACAAAUUCAGGUGAAGUUUAUGUUUGGGGAGACAUCGGUCAUGGCAUUGGCCUUUCAGGUGAAGGAUGCUCAAGAAGCCGGUGGUUACCUCAAAGAAUGGCCGGUUUAUUGGAUGGUAUACAUGUAUCAAAGGUUUCGUGUGGAGAAUGGCACACAGCUAUUGUUUCUUCGUCCGGGCAGUUAUUCACAUAUGGAGACGGAACAUUUGGAGUUCUUGGGCAUGGGAAUCUACAGAGUUUUCUUGAACCGAAAGAAGUCCAGUCAUUGAAAGGAUUGCGUGUUAAGGCUGUCGCUUGUGGACCCUGGCAUACUGCUGCUAUUGUAGAAGUCAUGGCUAGUCAUUACAAGAGUAAUGCUCUCGGUGGCAAGCUAUUCACUUGGGGAGAUGGCGAUAAAGGGAAAUUAGGACAUGGUGAUAUGGAGAGAAAGCUUCUUCCAACAUGCGUGGCUUCGCUUGUGGAUUGUGAUUUUCUUCAAGUAUCCUGUGGAAGAACGUUAACUGUUGCACUCACUGUUACUGGCAUUGUUUUUACUAUGGGAAGUGCAAUGAAUGGACAGUUAGGUAAUCCUCAGGUUGAAGAUAGAUCCAUUGCAACUGUUGGAGGUCUUCUAAAAGCUGAAUUUGUCAAGGAAAUCUCCGCUGGUUCAUUUCACGUUGCGGCAUUGACAACAAAAGGAAAAGUUUACACUUGGGGUAAAGGUGCAAAUGGAAGACUUGGGCUAGGUGAUGUUAAUGACAGAAAUUCUCCGGCUUUGGUGGAAGCAUUGGAAGAUCGGUAUGUGCGGAGUAUAGCGUGCGGGUCCAGUUUCACUGCUGCGAUAUGCUCUCACAAAUCGAUGUCUAGUAAAGACCAAUCCAUCUGCAGUGGAUGCAAAAUGGAUUUUGGAUUCACUAGAAAGAAACAUAAUUGCUACAACUGUGGAUUUGCUUUCUGCCAUGCUUGUAGCAGUAAGAAAGCUAUGAACGCAUCUUUAGCUCCGAAUAAGAGCAAAUCCUGCCGUGUUUGUGAUCCAUGCUUUGUUCAGCUGACAAAAGUACCAUAUCUUAAAUCAAGAACUGAACUUGCAAGCCCAAGAUUACCAUUUUUAUCGAGAAAGGGAUUGUCUGAAUCAAAGGUAAUCAGGCAAGAAACACUAUUCUCAGGGCCAAAUAGAUCGAAAACCAAAUCAAAUGAAGAAGAAGCAAUGAGAACACAAGGCAGCAACAAGCAUGAUCAAGGUCCAGUUGCACUGUUCAUUAGUAGUACUGAAAGAUGGGGGCAGGUCCCAUGCCCUCCACAAUUCAAUGAACACAAUGGCAUCAUACCAUUUUCUGAUAAAGAGAUAUCUGACAUUUCUCAUGUUCAUGCAUGGGGAAGCCCGCUUUCGGUGGAAUCUUUUCCUCCAAAUGCUACUUCCUUGAAACAAGAUUUGAACGUUUUAGAUAAGAUGCUCACCGAAGAAAUUAAGCGACUGAAUGCUGAGGCAACGGUGCUUGAACAACAAUGCCAAUAUAGAAGUCAGAAGCUUCAACAUUAUAAGCGCAGAAUUGAGGAGACAUGGUUGCUAUCAAAAGAUGAAGCUGCAAAGUGCAAAGCAGCAAAAGAUGUUAUCAAAGUCCUCACACAUCAGAUGAAUGUGCUAUCAGAAAAGGCUUCGACAGCACAACCAACAAACAACAUAAGAUCUGAACCUGAUGAAAACAUUCACCCAACAGAACUCUCAGAAACAGGCAAUUCCAAGACGAUUCUCGUUGGUUCUCAUUUGUCACAUGAUGCUAGGAUUAUGGAAGGAAGGCAAAUGGAAGGUUCAGUUCGACCAUCAUCUAAUGGUUUAACAGGAGCCGGCAGUGUGGUAAAGUCUCAGCAUGAAACAAGAUCAACUGAUGGUACAUUAGUAACCAAGGCUGAUAGAAGAACGAAUGAAAUCAAUGGAUCUAAAGAAGAAUGGGUUGAACAAGAUGAGAUUGGUGUUUACAUUACAUUCAUUGCAUUGCCAAGUGGUCAGAGAGGUCUGAAACGCGUCCGAUUUAGCCGGAAGCAUUUUAGUGAGAAGCAAGCAGAACGAUGGUGGAAGGAGAAUGAGACUAGAAUAUACACAAAGUACAAUGUUGAGCAGAUUUUGACCUCAGGAAGAAACAGGACAGUGCGUUAGUUUCAUUUCAUCAUCCACCAUUACAGGAUGUCGAUAAUGGAGUGUUCCUGCAGAUUACAUACACAACAGAAAACCAAAUCACCAAGCAAUUCAUUGGGAGUCUGCCGAGAAUUUACAGUGUGAAGCCAAAACCCAAUUUCCUUCCAAACAUUUUAUCAGAUUGCAGUGUGAAGCUGAAAUCAUAUCGUCUUUCUGGUUGGUUUCGACUUUCAAGAUGACAUUGGCCCUCUUCAGGUGUAUACAAGAGGUUCAAUACUUAUCACACUUAUAUACUUGUGAAGAAUGCAAUAAAUUCAGUGUAUAUUUUUAGCUUUUUGAAUAUAAGAAAACUAUGG